UCUUUGUGUGAAUAUCCCUUCCAUUUCCUUUUCGAUGGGGCUGGAUAACACGUGAUCGCGUGAGUCACUUUUUUUUCGUAGAAACCAUGAGAAGGCACGAGUCUUAUUUUUCUCAUUUCUGGCAUCGCAUUGUCGGCCAUUGUCGUUACAGACGGUAUUAUUGUUACAUAUAUCGCUAUUUUGCAAAUAACGGUAAGCAAAGGACAUAUGCCUGCCAUUGGUGUCCAUACGAAAUCUGUACACGCAUUAUUCUAAUAUUAUUAUCUGGACAGAGUGUGGAAUAUCAGCGAAGCUCUUUAAAAGAACUUGAAAUCUAUCUCAAUCAAGAUAUUUAACAGAAAAUGAAUACUAUAAUGGAAGGAAAAGAGAAUUCUGACGAAAAACAAGUUGAGAAUGUCUUUACUGAGGAGUCUUCAGAAAAGCAGCAGGCUUUAUCAGUUUUACCUUCCUAUGUCAAGAGUUAUUCUACCACACGAAUUGAAUCAACUACAUUCGAGUAUUCAUGGAAAAUCGAUCAAUUUAAGCUUGUUUGCAAAAUUAUAGAUACAUUACGUUCUGCACCAUUUCCAGAAAACGGUAAAUACAUGAUUCAAAUGAAUAUUAUACGUAAAUCUGAAUCUCCAAAUGAAGUCAAACUUGUGAGUGGUAGUAAUACAUCAAAUAUAUACUGUAAUUCCUGUCGUACUAAUAGAUCAUUUUACUGUCAUUAUUGUCGUAAUUCCAACAAUUCCAAAUGUACUGAGGUGAAAUGGCCUGAAUCUCUAAGUAUGGUCCAAAUUUAUAUGCGUACUAAUACACCAUUUUCUGGUUCAUGUACUGUGAUGAAUCCACCUAACUCUGUACAAUCAAAAACAGUUUCGGGUCAUAUAGAGGAUAUGACAUUAUUAAUGGAAACUUCAGACUUUGAUUACAUUUACACCGAUACGUUUAAAAUACACUGCAAGUUUGAAAUUUUUCAUACAAUAACAAAUAAGGCUAUACAUAUGAAUGUACUACCCUCAACAGUAUAUUCAGAAGUCGUAAACUUUGAAGACUUAACACUUGAUCAGUUUGAACCUGAGAAUGGGGACUCAAUCACAUUUAUAAUAGAUAAAGAACAACAUGUUAUACCGAAAAAAUUGUUGUAUGCUACCAACAGUAACUACUUUAAGAAUAUCUGUCUUACAUAUAAGGAAGACAAAAAAGAAUUGACAAAUGAAUUAACGAGAAAUAAUGAGGUACAAGCUUUUAAAUACCUUUUGUCAUUUAUUACAAAUGGUUCAAUAAAACAAGUACAAGAUGAUUAUGACAUGCUUAAAAAGUUGUUAAUAACAGCCGAUAGAUAUGAUGUAUCAGCUUUAAAAUUAACGUGUGAACAUUAUUUAUUACGCUAUAUUACGAUUGAAAAUGUCGUGGAACUUAUAAAACUUGCAUCUUCGUCCAAUGCAAAAUUUUUAGAAUCGCACUCGUCAACUUUUUUUAAGUUAUAUAAAAAUGAUAUUACAAAUACUAAAAAAUUUCAAAAUUUAUCGUCAGAAGAUUCAUGUAAGAUAAUGGAAUUGAUUGAGAACAGUAAAAUAUGUGAGACUAGCACUCCACAGUUUUCUUUGACCCCCAACUGUGAGAAAUAUUAGUUUUACAUCCACUAAUAUUUGGCUCAUAUAAUAUUGCAGUCUUGGAUAAAUUAAGAGAAUUGAUAAAGAUAUUUUUCUUAUUUAAUUACCAAAACUAUGUUUUUUUUCUUUUUAUAAAUGUAUUAAUUUUGAAAUUUUUAUGUAUUUUUUUAUGCAAAUAAGUAUUAUACAAAUUAAAAGUACAAUUUAUGAUUUGAGCUUCUAUGAAUGAAACUUAUUAAUUAUA